AUGCAAAACGGUGUUACAGUCGCUGGAGGACACGGAAAAGGCAAAGGACUCAAUCAGCUCGGUUCGCCGCAUGGUUUAUAUGUUGAUGAUGAUCAAACAAUUUAUGUUGCUGACUUUUUUAAUGCUCGUAUCGUAGAAUGGAAAGAAGGUGCAAUCCUUGGUCGAGUGGUUGCUGGCGGAAAUGGAUCAGGCAAUGGAACUCAUCAGUUAGACUGUCCACGAGAUGUACUUGUCGACAAAGAGACAAAUAGUCUUAUAAUCGCCGAUUACAAGAAUAGAAGAAUAGUACGAUGGUCUCGUAGAAAUAGUACGCGGGGAGAAAUAAUUAUCUCGAACAUCGAUUGUGUUGCUCUGACAAUGGACGAGAAUGGAUCUCUCUAUGUCACUGAUGUACAAAAAAAUGAAGUGAAACGAUAUCGAAGAAGAGAUUCUCAAGGAACAGUAAUUGCUGGUGGCAAUGGAUAUGGAGAUCGUCUCAAUCAACUCUCUCACCCUCGCCACGUAUUUAUCGAUCGAGAUCAUUCACUGUAUGUAUCUGAUUCGGGAAAUGCUCGUGUUAUGAAAUAUGAACAAGGUGCAAAAGAAGGAAUAGUUAUAGCUGGCAGUCAACAAAAAAGCAAUAGUUAUUCGUUGUCGUCAUUUCCUUCGGGAGUGGUUGUCGAUAAACUGGGUACUGUCUACGUAACUGACUAUGGGAGCUAUGGAAUACUACGUUUGCCAGAAAACGCUACGCAGGGAGAUGUAAUUGUUGGUGGAAAUGGUCAAGGAGGACAAUCGAAUCAAUUAAACUAUCCCGUGGAUUUAUCCUUCGAUCGAAAAGGUAACCUUUAUGUCGUCGAUUUUAAUAACCAUCGAGUACAAAAAUUUAAUAUUGAACAGACAAUAAAUUAA